AUGUCGAAGUUUGAGCGUUCAAUCACUCAAACUAUCAACAAAGGAGGUACUCAGAUCAAAAAACGUUUUAAUGUUCAUGUUGCUGUGGACCAACAGCUUUCAGAGUUACAAUCUCAAGUUGAUAAAAUUAUUUCUUACGAAGAACAUAUAAAAUCACGAAUAAAGUUUAACGAGUUGAAGAAUGAUGCAAAAGAGAAAGAACUACGAAAAGAUAUGGGUGGAUUUCAGAAUACAUAUUCUGUUACAUUAAAGAAUAUUCACGAUGAGGCUGAAUCACUUAUUAUUUCACGUAACAAGCUAAUUCAACAACUACAAAAUACAAAAGAAAAGAUGAUUUUAUAUGAUGAGAAAAUUCAUGAAUAUCAGGCAUAUAUAGAAAAAUUAGAAUCUCGUGAAGUCAAACUAGGGCAGAAGCAAACUAUAUUUACCAACAAAUAUUCAGACUUACCUAAUCACAUUGCAUUAAAUAAUCUCAUGCAUCAAAGAGAAGAAAGAAUUACUAAAUACACUGGUGAUAUCGAUAAAAUUGAACUUGAAAUAGCCGAUUUACAUAGUGCAAUGCAAUACUCAGACAAUAAAAUUAAAAAAAUUCAAGAUCAGUCUCAAAAGAUCAAAGAAAAGGUUGAAGAACUUUCCAAUUAUAAGAAUCAACUAGAAAAGCAAAAUGAGUCUAUUAUUGAUGAAAUUAAAGCUAAGCUGAAAGAAGAUUUAGAUAAAUCAUAUAAAUUUAAUGAACAAUAUAUACUUCUUCAUAAUGAACAUGUUCAAAUUACCAAGAAAAUAUCAGAACUAUCUACUCAAUAUAUGAAACUUGAUGUCAAACAGCAAAACACUGAAAAUGCUGUUGUAAUUACAGGAUCAAAUCCAGAAACACUUACUUUAGAUCCAACAACCUUUCCAAAUGUUGAAAAAAUCAUGGAUCAGUUGAAAACAAAAAUUGAUGACUUCGAUCAAACAAUGGAAGCAAGAACAAAAACAGCAACAGAGAAGUUGAAGAUUCUCACUGAAGAAAAAGAAAAAGUUGCAAAAGAAAUAAAAUAUUAUACUGAUUACAAUGAAAAUUUGAAUAAAAUAAUCAACGAAAAAGAGAAAAAGGCUGAAGAAUACACGCAAAAGAUCAAUGAUCUUGAAUCCCACAAAGAAGAAACUCAAGAAGAAAAACCAAAAGAAUCUAAAAAUGAUUGUGUUUUGUGUAACAUGUAUUUCAAUAAAGAUCGAGGAGUUAGAAUCUCUGCUCAAAUUGCUUCAAUGAGACAAGUUAAAGCAGAAGAGAAUCUGAAAUGCGAAAUCAAUAAACUAACACAACAAUCAGAAGUUUUGAAGACAGAGAUUGCGAGAAUCACACGUGAAAACGGUUUAUUGUUUGCUAAAGUUCGAUCAUAUCAAAUCAAACUUGAAAAAAUCUUUUCGAAACAGAGUGAAAGGAUCGAUAAUUUCCAUGAUAUUGUUAGGAAAGAAGUAAAUCCUGACUUAUUACAAUUAGUUACAGAGUUAACAAAUGAACGCAAAGAGAGAAGAGCUAAGAAUGCAGAAAGAUUUGAUAGGAUGGAGAAAAAGAAAGAUCUUUUUGGAAAACUCAACCAACUUCUUGCCUUGAGAAGGAGGGAGAAAGAUAGAGUUCCUGAGUCCAAGAUUGCACAAGAGUUUAAUGAGAUUGAUGAAUUAACAACUAAGAUUCAAUUAGAAUUAAUAAAUUGGCGGACGCUUAGACCAAAUGGGGAGGAUCAAAUGCUUUUAGAUAGAUGGAAUGCAUUCCUCCCAGAAAUAAAUUGUUUGUUAUAA